UCGACACUUGAUUGAAAUCUGUUGAAAGUGGAAAUGGCGUAGCGAAGUGUAGAUUUGUUUUUACAUUUUGUAUUAUUAAUUAUUUUACAUAUUAGACGCAAAUCUUGUCAGAUUUAAGAAUUAUAUGUAGUGAUUUAAGCUUUCAUUUUAAUUUUAAGUGUUUUACGUGUUCUCAAUUAAAAAUAAGCACGUAGCCCCAUUUCGACUCUUGCUUUGUUCCGUAUUCUACAAAUUGGAAUAAGAUUUGUAGUCGUGGUUUAUAUUUGAAUGUAUUACAAUGAGUUUGUCCACAAGUUUUCAUAGUAACGGGAUGAAUAGCUUUAAAGAAUCACGGAGUCAAUCCGUUCAAGGACUGGCGAGUGUUAGUUCUAGUCUUCUUAUGAAAAUACCACUUCCUCCUCGAUUAUGGAUAACAGACGUGGAAGAUGAGUCUUCGGAUGAAAACAGUACUGGUGCUAGAGAUGAAGGUGUUGUUUUGGCUGAGAGAACAAGGGUGAGGUCGCGUUUUCGACACCACAAGCAUCGUAGCACUUGUAAUGUGCCCAUUGGAAUUUUUUGGGAUAUUGAAAAUUGUCAGGUUCCCCGAGGAUGCUCAGCAAUAGAUGUGGUGGCAGCAAUUCGAGCCAAAUUUCUUCCAGGGAGGAGGGAAGCUGAAUUUGUUGUUGUAUGUGAUGUGAGAAAAGAAGCUGCAAAUAGAUUACAAGAACUUAAUGAUUCUCAAGUAAACCUUAUUCAUGUGUGUGGCACACAAAAGAAUGCGGCUGAUGAGAAACUGAGGCAAUGUAUGAGAAGAUUUGGUGAGCUGCAUACAGCUCCAGCUGCAUUGCUACUUAUCUCGGGAGAUAUCAAUUUUGCUUCAGACUUGUCAGAUUUCCGUCACAGGAAAAAUAUGGAAGUGAUAUUGGUGCACAAACAGAACACAUCUUCUGCGUUAAUUACAUGCGCUUCAUCUCAUUAUUGUUACAAUGAACUUACUGCACAGCUGCCAAGAAACCCAAAGGUAAGUCAAACAGAGGAAGAGGAGCCAACUUGUGAGAUGGAGGUUUCCAAUCUUCCCAUCAACCAGCCACCCGAGAGAGUUUCUCGGCGGCUGCGCAGGUUGGCGGAUAACUGCGGAGGGAAAGUGUUACGAGUCACCGCACCUACUGCUAUGCUUAGGUUCCCUACACCUGACCAUGCUUCCAGGGCGUUGAAGCGUAUGGAAGGCGAGGACGUGUUCGGGCGCAAGAUAAGCACGCGGUUCGCGCGCGGCGCUCUGCAGGCCACAUACUCCAGCGACGAGGGCUACAGCACCGCGCCGCCCGCACCCCCCGCGCCCCCCGCGCUGCCGCACCACACGCCCGUACUGCCCCCGCCCGCGCACGAUAUCCGUGCGGCGUGCGGAGACUGGGCACUGGCGCUGCAGCAGCUGCCGGCGCCCACGCCGCCGCCGCUCGACUUCUGCCCGCCGCCCGCGCCCGCGCCCAAACCCAGGAAGAUAAGGGGCACUCAUGGUUCAGUCAGCCUAGACCGGUCUGGUUGUUCAUCUAGCAACAGCGGUGAUGAAAGUCGAGUGCGCGCGCCCUCGCCCUGGAACUCGUCCAGUGUGAGCGAGCACAGCGACCCCGAGCCCGACACCGCGGAACUCACUGUAUCCAACCUGCCGCCUUACGAGCCCAAUAUGCUGCAGGAGGCGCUGAGGAAGCUGUUCAGUCAGUACGUGCCGGUGGUGCGCGUGUCGGUGUGGACGUCCGGCGAGGGGCCGCUCGCCUCGGUCGUGUUCAGGUCGGAGUGGGACGCGCGGCUGGCUAUAGCGCGCGUGCACAAGCGCCGCCUCGACAGCGUGUGGGCGGGCCGACGUCUCGAGCUCGCCCUCGGCACGCCCUCGCCCGCCCCCAACCUGGAUGUGCUGCGCGCCCGGCUGCGCGCCAUCCUGCUCGAGCAGCAGAACUACUGCAUGCCACUGCUGCGUCUGCGCGACGCCUACGCCAGCAGACAUUGCUGCUCCAUCACCACAUCCGACAUACUCAAAGUGAAAGACACGGUGCUGGUGCACGAGACGUGCGGUCGUAUGGUUCAGCUCGUCGAUUUGUCGCCGGUGUCCAAGCUGGAAAUCGAGGAGGCGCCCUGGAAGUGCCACAAGCACUCGGUGCUGAGCACCGGACACGACGACGGCCGGAGGAUACUGCAGCCCGUGUUCAUAGAGCUGCCAGUGCUCGCCAGGAACAUUCACAUUCUGCUGGAGAGUCACGGCGGCAUACUGCCGUUGUUGAGUUUGGUGGAGUGCUACGAGGCGAUGUUCCCGGCGCUGGUGUGCGAGCCGCGCGCGGGCGUGGCCCUGGAGCUGCUGCUGCUUAGCAUACCCGGCGUCGAACUUAAGGAGACUCCCUCCCGCCACCUGGCCUGGGCCGCGGCCACCGCACGCGCCGACACGCCGCCCUCUGUCUGCAACAGAAGUGACACGUCUCGCGGCAGUGUGGGCAGCUUGGGUGAGCGGGGCGGUGCGCGCACGGCGCCCGCGCUUGAGCCUACUCUCUCGCUGUUCGAACGAGACCUCGUCGACUUGCUGCGCACCGCGCCACGCUGCACUAUUCCCUUCAGCAAGUUGAUCCCGUCUUACCACCAUCACUUCGGUAGGCAAUGUCGCGUCGCAGAUUACGGCUUCACAAAGCUGCCGGAACUACUAGCCUCCCUCAGUAACACCAUUGUGGUGCUGGGCACGGGGUCUUAUCGCGAGAUCACAUUGUCGGCUGCGGCGCAGAGUCGUCGCUGGACCUCCGACCUCGUGAAGAUGCUGAAGGCCAAUCCGGUGCGCUCGAUCUUCCCGCACGAGAUCCCGCAGCUGUACCACAACACGUUCGGCCGGCAGUUCUCGCCCGUCGACUACGGCGUGUGCACGAUCGGCGAGCUGCUGCAGCGCACGGCGCCGGGCGCCACGGUCGCGCUGUCCGACGGGAGCGUGGCGCUGCCGAGACGUGCGCCCACACCUGCCGAGCGCGCGCACUCUUCACAGUUCGCGCUCGAAGCUGCCGAGCUGCUCUGCUACACACCAAACCUGCGCAUGGAGUUCACGCGCUUCGUGCCCGCCUACCACGCGCACUACGGCCGGCAGCUGCGCGUCGCCCACUACGGCUGCGUCAAGCUCGCCGAGCUCCUCGACAUGAUCGCCGAUACCGUCGUCGUGUGGUGCGAACCCAACGGCGAGAAGAUGGUCCGCCUGGCGGCGGGUGCGGCGCGCGGUAUCAUGGCGCAAAGGUUCGCGGCGCUGCUGCCCGCGCCCUUCGCCGAGUUGCCGGCGCUGUACGCGGCAAGAUUCGGGGCACCGCCCGCGCCCGAUGUGCUCGACGUGAGCACGCUGCAGGAGUUGGUGCUGGCCGCCGGAGGCUACAUCGAGCGCGGCAUGGCCUACAUCACGGUGGGAGACGCGGCGCGCUUGCCGAACUGCGCGCUCACCGCGUGCGCCGUGCUCUCCGCCGAUAUGAGCGUGGCGCGCGGCUCCACCCUCGAGUACUUUGUGAGCGCGUUCCGGCGGCUGCGCGGAGCCGAGCCCGACCUCAAGGAGCUGGAGUCUUACGGCGUCGUCGAGACCUCGGAACGAUACGUGCGGCUGACGGCCGCGUGGCGCACCGUGUGGCGUCUGGCACAGAUCCUCGCCGACCAGCCGGCUCCCCUGCCCACCCAAGAUGUCGUUAAUCGAUACAUGAAACGCUACGAGCUCUCGCCGCUAUCAUCUGACUUGGGUGUGAAGCAGGUGCAGGCGCAGGUGUCGGAGGUGCUGCAGCAGUGCGGGCCGGUGUUCUCGCGCGUGCAGUCGGCGAGCGCGGCAGACACGCUGUGGACGCUGGCGGCGGGCGUGGCGCUGCCCCCACCGCUGCGCCCCGCAAGACACGAGGAUUACUCCGUGCACGACACUCCGCCAGGACAAAAGGGAUCUCGUGUGUUUGAAUCGCCAAAGACCAACAUCUGGUGUUCCCCACCAGCGAGCGCUUUGCCCAAUCCUACGGCAUUGCUCAGCCAAGAGAAUAAACGUCGCACACGGCUGGCGGCGCAGUUCGAUGCAGCAUAAUAUCAUUCCAAAUUUAUUGUUAAAAUGCAUUCCUCUACAACAAGAUGUAUACGUGAAAUAGCACAUACUUCAGAUAAUGUCUGAAUGAGAUGAUAGAAUGUAUCCAAGGUUUGCAACGAAUUUUAUCAACAAGACAAAUACCAAGUGUCCUAAGAAAUGUGAUGUCUAUAACAAUAAUGUUUUAGAUCGUGUAUAUUUUUGUGUGUUUAUUUAGGUUAAGGGAAAUAUUUGCGUUCGUAAAAUGUUAUCAAGUGCUGCAUACAAAAUAGAAUUCGAGUUAUACAGGCUUUAUGAAUGGCAAUUAGUCGAGAAAGUAUUUAUUAUUAAGAUAUUUUCCUCUGUACGAUCAUUUGUCGUUCUUAUGUUCACAAACUAAUUACGUUAUAAUAUUAUUUAUAGUGUCUGCAGAAUACAUUCUGUUCAGUUUAGCGUGAGGUUCUUUGUAAAUAAGUCUUCCUUCAUACUUAGCUCUCCUUUUUAGAUCUUC